AUAUAUACUCAUCAUCACCAUUGAUCUCUCUCUCAAUGUAGCUACUCAAACCCUAGUUCAGUCAAUCGUAUAACACAAUUGCCAAAUCAGCACAAAAUCAACUCAUUAUGUGAUGUUAAAUCAAGGAGCAUUAAGUGGAUUUUUGGCCAAACUUCUUCAUUAUGCAAGCUUCUCUUAUGGAUGAAAAAUAAUGAUAUUCGAAUUGUUGGUAUCUGGGGUAUUGGAGGAGUAGGAAAGACGACACAUGGAAAAGCCUAUCAAAGAAGGCCCACACAUAUCGGUAAGGACGCACAGUUUGGUGAUCCACCAGUCUAGGACACCCUCUUCUGCCGUUUGGAGUGCUCUUCUCAUUUCAGAGCAUAUAUUUUGUGAUGCCUCCGAAAAAGGCGACAGCUGCCCAGAAGGGCAAGUCAGUAGCGGCCGGAGAGGCUAGCCGGGCUCAGAAAGCUACUCGGACCCUUGCUCAGAUUAUGCGUGAUACUGCACCCCGGCCAACAGACUCUGCUACGUCAUCAUCAUCAGAGGAGUCUGGAGCACCAGUCACUGCCACUAUGGAUCAGAGGGCGGCUUCACCAUUGACUCCAGAGGCUCCAGCGCCCGAGCCUCCAGCUCCUCAGCCAGGGGCGGAGGAUAGGACUUUGAGGGAGGCCGUACAACUAUUGACUACCUUGGUAGCGGGACAGGUUCGCAGACGCGGGCUGAGAGGUGAUGAUGAUGGUGACAGGCGUGAUAGCCUAAGGGUUCAUGAUUUUCUGACAUGUGGUCCCCCAGAGUUUUUCGGGUCUAAGCCCGAGGAGGACCCCCAUGACUUCAUUCGGGGGAUGCGGCGUUCAUUAGAUCUGGUCAGGGCUUCAGAGACCGAGUCUGUUGAGUUGGCCUCGCACAGACUACGAGAUGUUGCUGCUAAUUGGUUUGAGUCCUGGGAGCUGUCCAGGGGUGAGAGUGCUUCCCCAGCUACUUGGGAUGAGUUUGUGACUGCUUUUCUCCGCCACUUUUUGCUCCCGGAGUUACGGCGGGCGCGGGUUGACAGAUUUUUACAGUUGCGGCAGGGAGGUCGGAGUAUUCGUGAGUAUAAUUUGGAGUUCGAUUCUCUGGCUCGAUAUGCACCUGCUAUAGUGGCUGAGAUGGAUGACCGGAUGCACCGGUACGUGAUAGGGCUGGACCGUUAUUUAGUUGACGGCUGCAUGGCGGUGGCAUCACAGAGUGAUAUGGACAUCGCCCGGUUAUAGGCCUAUGCUCAGGGUAUGGAGGACCGGAACAGAGAGGACCGGCCGGGCAGAGAUCGUGACAGGAGGCCGCCCAAGAGGGCCAGGUCCGCGGGGUAUUCUGGAGAUUCUCGAGGCGGACAGCCUCAGCAGCAGUCGUCAGGUAGAUAUUUUCCUCCGUCAGGCCGGGGUACACAGUCAGCCGGCAGACGAUUUGACAGUGCAGGACCAUCUGGGGCCGGUCAGAGUUCCAGAGCAUCAGGUUCCCAGACAGCCAGAGGUUCCAGCCAGUCCAGACCACCCAGGCCCCGUUCUUAUUGCGGGAAAUCGCACCCAGGGGAGUGCUAUCGAGCUACCAGAGCCUGCUUUUCUUGCGGCCGUCAGGGUCAUGUUAUGUGUGAUUGUCCGAUGGCGAGUGGUUCCGGUAGUGCAGUUCAGCCGACGGGAUCAGCCGCAGGUAAAUCUUCUACUCCCUCAGCUAUGCGCCCUGCGGGGCGAGGUAUGCCGGCACAGGCGGGCCGCGGUCGAGGCCGUGGCAGUGGUUCAGGUUCUAGCGGUCCAUCGAUCCGCAUAUAUGCAUUGGCUAGCCGCCAGGAUCAGGAGGCUUCGCCAAAUGUUGUUACAGGUACCUUACUGGUUUUCUCCCGAUCUGUAUAUGCACUGAUUGAUCCUGGUUCUACUUUAUCAUAUAUCGCUCCACUUGUUGCUAAUGAGAUUGGAAUAGAAUCUGAGUCGAUAGAGCCUUUUGAGGUAGCUACACCUGUAGGGGGUUCUGUUAUAGCCAGACAGGUUUACCGAGAUUGUUCUGUUAUUAUAUAUGAUCGUUGUACUAAAGCUGAUUUGGUAGAGUUAGAUAUGCUGGAAUUCGAUGUUAUUAUGGGCAUGGACUGGUUUGCUUCCUGUUAUGCGAAUGUUGACUGCCAGAAGAAGGUAGUUCGUUUCCAGUUCCCAGGGGAACCAGUUAUAGAGUGGUUCGGGUGUACAACAUUGCCGAGGGGUAAGUUUAUUUCAUACCUCAAGGCUAAGAAGAUGAUUCAGAAGGGUUAUAUUUAUCACUUGGUCCGUGUGCACGAUACUACAGCCGAGACACCUAGCCGAGACACCUACUCUGCAGUCAGUUCCGGUUGUCAAUGAAUUCUCGGAUGUAUUCCCAAAUGAGCUUCCAGGUCUUCCGCUUGAACGGGAGAUAGACUUCACUAUUGAUUUGUUGCCAGAUACGCAGCCCAUAUCUAUUCCUCCGUACAGAAUGACACCGGCAGAACUAAAAGAAUUGAACGAGCAGUUGAAUGAUCUAUUAGACAAAGGUUUCAUCAGACCCAGUACAUCGCCCUGGGGAGCGCCGGUAUUAUUUGUGAGAAAUAAAGAUGGGUCACUGCGGAUGUGUAUUGACUACAGACAAUUAAAUAAGGUGACUAUCAAGAAUAAAUAUCCCCUUCCCCGGAUUGAUGAUUUGUUUGAUCAGUUGCAGGGUGCCAAAUAUUUCUCGAAGAUAGAUUUGCGCUCGGGGUACCACCAGGUACGGGUACGGGAGGCAGAUAUUCCGAAGACUGCUUUCAGGAGCCGGUACAGGCAUUAUGAAUUCAGAGUGAUGUCUUUCGGGCUGACUAAUGCUCCAGCGGUAUUCAUGGAUUUGAUGAAUCGGGUAUUUCGACCGUUUCUUGAUAUGUUCGUGAUUGUUUUUAUUGAUGAUAUUUUGGUUUAUUCACGAUCAGCAGAGGAGUAUUCGGAUCAUCUGAGAACAGUGUUGGGCACUCUUCGGCAGCGGCAAUUAUAUGCUAAAUUUUCUAAAUGUGAAUUCUGGUUGACUUUUGUGGCAUUCUUGGGGCAUAUUGUCGGAGCAGAUGGUAUUCAGGUAGAUAUGCAGAAAAUUGAAGCUGUACAGAAUUGGCCCAGGCCUACUACACCUACUGAGGUACGCAGCUUUUUGGGGUUGGCCGGUUAUUACAGAAGAUUCGUAGAGAAUUUUUCUUCUAUUGCGGCGCCAUUAACAAAGUUAACUCAGAAGGCAGCGAAAUUUCAGUGGACUGAUGCCUGUGAGCGCGACUUUCAAAUGUUGAAGGAAAAAUUAAUUACAACUCCAGUUUUAGCUCUUCCGGAGGGGUCCGACGGGUAUGUAGUUUAUUGUGAUGCCUCUGGUAUGGGUUAGGGUUGUGUGUUGAUGCAGCACGGUCGAGUCAUAGCCUAUGCUUCCCGGCAGCUCGCACGAGAAGAAUUAUCCCACUCACAAUCUGGAAUUAGCUGCGGUGAUUCAUGCUUUGAAGAUUUGGCGGCAUUACUUAUAUGGGGUCCACGUUGAUAUUUAUACGGACCAUAAGAGCCUCUAGUAUAUUUUCAGACAGAAAGAACUAAAUUUGCGGCAGAGGCGGCAGUUAGAAUUGCUGAAAGAUUAUGAUGUUGAUAUUCUAUACCAUCCAGGGAAAGAUAAUGUUGUGGCAGAUGCACUCAGUCGCAAGUCCAUGGGUAGUUUGAUUGAUGUACAGUCUGGUAAGAAAGAAAUGGUUCGCGAUAUCUAUCAGUUGGCUAGUCUUGGAGUCCGCUUAGUCGAUUCUGGAGAUGCCGGGAUUUCUGUUCGAGGAGGGGCCGAGUCCUCUAUUCUUAGUGAGAUUAAGCGGCGUCAGUAUGAAGAUCCUGUUCUGAUGCAGUACAGAGACACAACCCGUGAAAAAGAGGAGACCCUGUUUGAGAUUUCAUCCGAUUGAGUAUUAUUAUUCAGGGGCAGAUUAUGUGUACCUGACGUUGCGGGACUGCGGCGACAAGUUAUGGGCGAGGCACAUUAUGCCAGAUAUUCUGUUCAUCCAGGGUCGACGAAGAUGUAUCAUGAUCUUAGAUGUCUGUAUUGGUGGGACGGUAUGAAAAAGGACAUAGCAGAGUUCGUUGCCCAAUGCCCAAAUUGUCAGCAGGUGAAGAUUGAGCAUCAGAAACCCGGUGGGUUAUUGCAGGAGAUGGAGAUACCAACGUGGAAGUGGGAGAUAAUUAAUAUGGAUUUCAUUGUAGGCUUGCCUCGCACUCCACGGAGGUACAACUCCAUUUGGGUUAUCGUUGAUCGGCUGACAAAAUCAGCCCACUUUCUUCCAGUUCGGACUACAUACACAGCUGAAGAUUAUGCCAGGCUAUAUAUUAAGGAGAUUGUGAGACUGCACGAAGUUCCAGUGUCUGUUAUCUCCGACAGAGGUGCCCAGUUUACAGCAAAUUUCUGGAGAUCAUUUCAGGAGGGAUUGGGGACCCAGGUGAGUUUGAGUACCGCAUUUCAUCCUCAGUCCGACGGACAGGCCGAGCGCACUAUUCAGACGCUGGAAGAUAUGUUGCGUGCUUGUGUUAUUGAUUUCAGGGGUAGCUGGGAUGAUCAUUUGCCGCUUGUUGAGUUUGCUUAUAACAACAACUACCACUCCAGUAUUCAGAUGGCACCAUAUGAGGCUUUGUAUGGCAGGAAAUGCAGAUCUCCGAUCGGUUGGUUUGAUGUAGGUGAGAUUCAGUUAAUUGGUCCAGAUGUGGUCCAGCAGGCAGUCGAUAAAGUGAAACUGAUUCGAGAGCGACCAUUAGCGGCCCAGAGUCGACAUAAAUCUUAUGCUGAUAAACGACGUCGACCGUUAGAGUUCCAGAUUGGCGAUUGAGUAUUCCUGAAAGUGUCACCUAUGAAAGGGGUUAUGAGAUUUGGCAAGAAAGGAAAGCUCAGUCCGAGAUAUAUUGGGCCUUAUCAGAUUAUUCGUAAAAUAGACAAAGUGGCUUAUGAAUUAGAUCUGCCAGCCGACUUGGGAGCGGUUCACCCAGUAUUCCAUGUUUCUAUGCUUCGUAAAUGUAUUGGUGACCCUUCCAGAAUCUUUCCUACAGGAGAUAUACAGGUCACCGAGGAGCUAUCUUAUGAAGAGCAGCCUAUAGCCAUAUUGGAUCGUCAGGUAAGAAAGUUGCGGAAUAAAGAUGUGGCUUUUGUUAAGGUGCUGUGCCAGAACAAUAACCGAGAAGAAAUGACCUGGGAAGCUGAGGAGCAGAUGAAGAAGAAGUAUCCUCACCUAUUUCCAGUACCUUCAGACCUUGGGGAGCCCGAGGCGUAGAUUGGGAUUUACGUUAGAUAGGCUAGCUUGGAGUGCGUACGAGGUACAGAUGCACAGUUUGGUGAUCCACCAGUCUAGGACACCCUCUUCUGCCGUUUCGAGUGCUCUUUUCAUUUCAGAGCAUAUAUUUUGGUAUAUAUUCGUUCGCUGUGUAUGUAUAUAUUUGUUCAGGGGUACGGCGGGGCCCUGUCCCGUCAUAUGUUUUGGUUGGUCUGUUUAGAGGUCUGUAGACGUAUUUGUGGGUGUGUGUGCCUACUUCUGUUCAGAUGUGUUUGUAUGAUCCUAUUCGUUAUGGCAGUCUUGUCGGCGCACAUUUUGUA